AGUGCUUUUUGAGCGCACUCGAAGGUGCAGGGUUAUUUCGUUUUUUCGAGGUUGUGCGCGGAAACGAAGUGCGUCUAUACACAUCGCACAAAUUUAUAAAAACACAUGAGUGUUUCGCAUAGCGCUAUUGUCAGGAGGAAGCCGAAAAAAACAGAACUACCAUCACCGCGGCGCCAUCUUGAUGUAACCUGGUCAACUUGAACGCAGCGCUCAGGAAGCGGACGGAUGGAACUCAGGAUGGCAUCUAUGGAUAAACCUUUUAUAUCCGAUUUCUACAAGGAAAAGGACAUUUUUAUAACUGGGGCGACAGGAUUUAUGGGAAAGGUGCUGCUCGAAAAGCUACUCCGGUCAUGUGGCGGUCUGCGCCGAAUAUUUGUCCUGAUGCGUGCCAAAGGAGGAGCGUCACCCCAAGCACGUCUUGAUGAAUUGCUCGAUUCAGAAAUCUUCCAAGCCCUGCGCUGUUCCGACCAGCACUUUGCGCGCGGCAAGGUUAUCGCCGUGGAAGGGGACCUGACCCUGCCGGAGCUGGGUCUCAGCGCUGAACACCGAAGGGCGUUGCUGGACAACGUCGACAUCGUCUUCCACUCAGCUGCCAUCGUCAAAUUCGACGAACCGCUCAAGAGUUCCAUUGACAUGAAUGUCCUGGGCACAAGGAGACUGCUGCAACUGUGUCAAGGCAUGAGCAAGCUAAAGGCUCUGGUGCACGUGUCGACGGCGUACUGCAACUGCGACAAGGAGGAGGUGGCAGAGGUCAUAUACCCGCCGCCUUUCGACCCGCAGAACGUCAUCGACGCCGUCAGCUGGAUGGAUGAACCACUGGUGGAGGCGAUCACGCCCAAGUUGCUGGGCAGUCGGCCCAACAUGUAUACCUUCACCAAAGCCCUCGCCGAAAGCCUGGUGGCCGACGAGAGAGGAUCCCUGCCUGUGGCCAUUGUCAGGCCCUCCAUCGUCACAGCCGCAUGGCAGGAGCCCAUACCGGGGUGGAUUGACAACAUCAAUGGACCCACGGGCCUUCUUGUUGCAUCUGGCAAAGGACUCCUUCGAUCAAUGGUGGCGGACACGGACAAGGCAGCCGACUUCGUACCCGUAGACGUGGUCAUCAACACCAUGAUCAUGGUCGCUUGGCACACCGCAAUGCACAGGCCGGACAAGGUCGCCGUGUACCACGUGGCUUCGGGAACUCUGCGCAAGCUGACGUGGGGCGACAUCGAGACAAUCGCAUAUCCACUACUGCUGUGGCACCCGAUGCCGAAUGCGGUGCGGCAUCCGGGCGGCAGCUUCAAGAAAAGCCGAUUUUUCAACGCUCUUUCUAUGUUCUUCGAGCACCGCUGUCCCGCAUUGCUCUUCGACGCCUACCUGUGGCUCUCCGGAAGGAAGCCCAAGAUGCUACCCCUGUUCAACAAGCUGUACAAGGUGAUGGUCUCACUCGAGUACUUCACCACUCACGAGUGGCGCUUCCACAGCGGGAACCUGCUGUCGCUCCUGCAGGAAAUCUCGCCCGCCGAUCGAAAGACGUUCUGCGCGGAUCUUCGACUGCUGGAUUGGGGUAACUACUUCAAGGACUACGUCGUGGGCACUCGCAAGUUCGUACUCAAGGAGGACCCUUCCACCGUGCCAGAGGGUCGAAACGCGCUGCGAAGGCUGUACAUCUACCAGCAGCUGCUGUACGCCGCGCUCAUCGCGCUCGCCUGGCGGCUCAUCAUGCUCAAGUCCAAGUCGGCGUGUCGCCUCUGGCACGGCCUCGUCUCCCUCUUCCUGCCCCUGCUGAGCCUCGUGUCGUCCGCCUUCGGGCUGCCGUACCCGGAGGACGCGCCGCCGCACUCCGCGCCUUCUCCCACUGGCGGCAGGCCGUAGAAACCGAGCCUCGGUCACCUCAGCCGUGGAGUGUACUCUGCACAACCGAUAUGAACGCGCCUCUCCCUAAGUUCGCGCUUUGGUUUGUGGGAGCCCAAAACCAGGGGAUGGCACCAAGGCAGACGCAGCGCUAUCGUUGUGGACAGAGGAAGACGGAGGGAAUGCUUUAGUCAGGGUUGAGGACAUGGAGGAAGAAAAGAACCUAGAGGGAAGAGUCGCGUGACAGUUUAUAAGCCUAGAUAUAAAAAUAAAGGAAAAAAAAUCGGGAGAAAAAAGCCCUCUCCCCGUCGUCGGCAAACGACAGCUGCUUACAACGCCGAGCUGACGCAGACAAUGGCGGAGAACCGAUCCCGACGCGUGGGUCUCUAAAAGCUGCCAAAAACCAAACGUUGCCCUGAAACGUUGGCUAAAUUUUUGCACGGCCUAUUAUCAAAGUGUCAACUCGCCGAAGGGCCUCUACGGGAAGAAAAAUAGGGAGAAGCGGCGUCAGAGUGGGUUGGCUUGCAGAAGCUGGCUCCUGACGUCAUGCUCCAUGCUAGCUUCUCUCUCUCGCUCUCUCUCGUUCCCAUUUCAUAACGGGGGUUUCGUGGCCGCUACUUCAUUACGGGCUUCCCACGUUGAGCACCAGUAUAUACAGGGAAGUACAGCUUCCGUCGCCACUGUCAGAAAGCUCCAGCUGUGUCCAGAGCGUUCUAAUUCUUCCUCUUCUAAAUACAUUUCGCUAUUUUCUUCUAGUUUCAAAUGAUUUGUUCCUCUUUUUUUAGUCAUUAUUUCAUUACGAGGGCCCUUGAGCACGGCUCAUGGCGCUGAAUCGGCAGCAUCCCCGCAAGCUUCAUUGUGAUAGUCACACACAUUUCUAGUCAUAGAAGAAGAAGAAGAAACUUUAGUAAAGAAUAGUCCGGCAGUUCUUGAUGUGGUGGCCUCAGGUGACGGCUCGAAGUUCUUGGACUCGAGCGGCAUCUUCGGCUUGCCGGACGGCCCAGAGCUGGUCUGCCAGCUCUGAACUUCUGAUAGCCGCCUCCCAGCGGCGGCGACGCCUACGGAGAAGGUCCCCGGCGGCUCCCGCAUCCGGGGCGGCGUCGGGAAGAACGGAGCUCGAGCCUUCUACUCUGGCAACAGCCGCGAUUAUGGACGCGUCGCCAACGGAGCUGCUUUGAUUACCGUUGUUGCCGGUACACUCCCAGAGCAUGUGUCGCAGCGUUGCUCUGCGUCCGCAUGUUUUACACGCGUCUGUUGGGUACAAACGCGGAUAGCAGUGGUGUAAGAUAGCGGGGCUAGGGUAGGUGUGUGUCUGCAGCAAGCGUAACGUCACGGCCUCGUUCCUGUUCAGUUUAUCGUGUGGUGGCGGGAAUCUGCGUCUUUCGAGUCUGUAGUGUUGGGUGAGGUCUCUGAACGUGGUUAGGCGAUCGCCCCACGCCCAGUGUGUUUCUUGUUGCUGUGUUUCUGUUGUAGUGUCCCGAUCCGGCAGAUCCGAUGCUCCGCUCUCGGGGGCGGAGGCGGCCACAUAAUCAGCGGCGGCUCGGCGUGUGAGACCUCGAGCCGUGGCGUGGGCCGCCUCGUUUCCCGCUAGCGGAACAUCGGUGUGUGCCGGGGUCCAGAGGAGGAAGACCGUAGAAUUUUGGGGUUGCGAGGGCGAUGACGAGUCGCCGUCGUCAGAAAUUUGGAGUAUGCGGGCCGCUUCCCGCGAGACACGACCGCGCGCGAAGCCGCGGAUUGCCGCCUGCGAGUCGCUGAUCACGAUCGCAGCGUUCGGCACCGCGACGAGCGCUAGGGCUAUCGCGGCUUCUUCGGCCGCUUCCGUGUGUCCCGUGGUCACCGUGGCGCUCGCGAGGCACCUACCCGAGCGGUCUACAACCGCUAUCACGUGCGCGCUUCUCCCUCCUCCAUAUCGCGCCGCGUCUACGUACAUAACGCAUUUUUAUAUUUGGUGCCAGGAGCCGCUGUAUCGUGAAUGCUAGAAUGUUAAGAGGACCCUUUUCUACCUGUGGCGUGAAUUGGCAUUAAGGUGACGCUCUAUAUGCUGUGCAACGACCGAUAUCUGUGUGUCUUUACUUCUCGAAACCCCGCCCUAAACACUGCGACUUAGCGAAACGUUGUCAUUACUUACCUAUUUGCACCCAAAUAUAUCGAUGUAUCGUGCCUCUGUUCAGGUGAAAUAAUUUGUAUAUGUUCGACUUCAAAGCAAAGCCCUCAGCACUUGUUUGUAACGGACUGUACAUGCUGCAUUUUUUUUUUUGAAGCGUCCCUUGCGUGUUCGGGCAAUGUUUAUGUCGUGUACGGCUCUACUUUCCGUGGUCAGACACAACUUAUGUGUACGCAAACAGGGAGCAAUUGUUUGUUUUUCCGAGUGUCCUAGGUUCAGAUGUUCAAAAUACGAACGUCGACAGGGGUCCCAGAGUUGUUACCGGAUAGAGACAGGUGCCAUCAGCCAGGAGCCAGCUACUCUUUGCUGCAGUCCAUCUUUCACAGUUACAACACGCCCCGUUCUGUCACCUUUCGCCUACCUGGAACUUUAUGCAAAAAACAAAGCUAUCUACCGAUUGCUCUUAUUAGUGCAACAAAAUAAAUAACGCGAUGCAUGGCCAGAAAGGCAGAACAAAAUUCGAAUACAUUUAUUUAAGUGGAACGGAUUUAUAAAAUUUAUUAAGACACUGAACAAAAGUCGGGCUUAUCUGCAAUGCUUUUAAAGGCACAGAGUUACAAAGAUAUUUCAUAAAUUAGCUCAAAAUAGACGUUUCCUGCUGAGAAAACAGAGUGCGAGCUGCGAGUGCAUCGAUCAAAAUCCAACCAAUGUGGCCUCGACUGCUCUAAAUGUUGGCUUUAAAGCUUUCUUUCUUUCUUUCCUUUUUUUUUCGUAUAACACGCCUCACGUACGCAGUGAAGCCCAAUCGCAGUGAAGCCUAACCCUCCAGUGAAAUGAUUAACGCAAAGUUCAGGAGCGAAUAAAGAAAUCGGCAUUCACAUGACCAUUGACAAUACGAUGAACGUACAGUAUACUCGAAGUACUAUUAACGACGUUUCACUUGAUUUGGGUGUAAAUGACAUGCCGCUCGCCACAGUGGGGAAGAAAGGACGCAGUACUGAGUAGUCUUUAUUUAUAUUUAUUGACCCUUGUCUGCGUUAUGGAAGACGCGUUGAAAACUACACAUACAGAACUUCAUAUCGGGUAAUGCAAUGGUUGUGAGCAUCCGUUGGUGUUCGCCAUGAAUAACAGUGUUCGAACCAAGAAUGUCGCUGGAGCCACUUGUUCCUUCCUUGUUACUUGUUCGGUCACUGUUGUUAACUUCAAGCGCCCAUCUUCCUGUGAUUCUGUACUGUUCGUGUUGUUAGGGUUUGUUCCUAUUCUAUUUUUGUCCCCUCUGUACUUUUUUACUGAUUGUUACAUUAAAUGUACGGGGCCACAUCGUCGAACAAAUAAAAAAACAGAUUGCGACAAUCCUAACAGUGCAAGAUGAGACACGCAUGUAUCGAGUACAAUGCACCUUACAAUAGUUAUCGGCAGUAUCAUGUUCCAACUCGUUCUUGCAGUGUCGAUGUCUGUGCAUCAAUAAAAUCCGUGCUUUCUUUAGACUUUGUAAUUGACAACUGGCGUUAUCCUUUGAAUGCGAUAUUCUCGUUUCAAUAUUAUGAAAGGCAGCGCACACAGUAAUAGCGUCAGCAAUGGUAAUCAGGGAAGCUCUUUUAUUGUUAUUUUUUGCGCAUAGUUGUUUUCUUUGAGUAAGUUGGGAGAGUCGCACAAAAGUAUCACCGGUCACAAAAGAAAAGAAAAGAAAGCUUCCGGACACUUCCGCUUUCCGAGACACUUUAGAUGCAGACUUCUAGAACGGAAACCCGUGAACAAGAAAACUUACAUCAUGGAAAAUUGGCAUGCAUUAGUCUAAAAGUCAAGCGCCAACCGACAGACACUGCUAAAGCACAGACAAAUAGCAUAGAAGCAUCUUUUCAAACCUAACCUUCCAUCUUUUCGUGAUCAAAAGAAAUUGAUUUCCUGGAAGGACACAGACGGAAUUAUGUUCUUCUCUUCUCAUCUUGACUCUCUCUCUGUGGCGUGCCUGUGUGUUGUUUCGCGGUGUAAGUUGUGUUGUGAAAUUGUAUGCAAUAUUUUAUUUUAGAAUGUGGGCGUUUCUUUUUUUU